UAAUACUAGACUAGAACAGCUGAUUGUAUUUGAUUAUGCAAUAUUGAAUAUGUGGGUUCUAGACUCUAUACCGUAAAUCUAUAUAAUUUCAUAAAUUCAAGCAAUACUGUAAUAUAAUAGUUCUAGAAUCUAGAUACUAAGAUAGUUCUACACUUACAGUUUUACAGACUACACUGAAGUACACUGUGACUGUAACUUCACUGUAACUUAAGUUGAUUCUAAUCUAUUGUGUCACCUCACUCUUAGAGAUUUUGAUUGUCAAAUUGACACGAGCAGCUGACUCAGCACUGUCAGUGUCACUAUGCUGACUGAGUCUGAGCAGUGAUUGAAAAUGAAGACAUCAAAACAUUACAGAUCACCUGACUAUUGCAUAUCUAGUCAUCUAAUAUUUGAUCCUACUGGGAGCAAAAAAUGUUCCGAAAUUUCUGAAUUAAGUUUGUAUACAAAGUACAAUAAGGAAGAAAACAAAGAUAUCGAUAACAGGGCAGAUGUUAAAGUUUUAGAGAUGAAAGAUGAGCCACCAAGUAAACCAGUUGUCUCAGAUGUUAUGUUUUGUCAUUGUUGUCAGGUCAAACUUUCAGACAGAGAUGAGCAGGUGAGUCAUUACAAAUGUGAUUGGCAUAGAUAUAAUCUUCACCGUCGGAUGAAAAAUUUACCCGCUAUAUUGGAGGAGGAAUUUGAUUAUAUAUCAGGGGAUAUUUCAAGUAUAUCAGGAUCUGACAGUGACGACACUGACCAUGAAGGCUCUCAAGAUGAAGCUUCACUUAAGUUCAAUGAACUGGACAGUGUAGAUGAUGAACAAUCCACUGUUUACAAUCAUCCCAAGCUGUACUUUAGAAAUAAGGAUGGAGAUUUGAUGUCCAUUUAUCGCUGCCUAAUCCAACAAAAAAAAUUUCCAAUAGAAGACCAUAGAGAGAUUGAGAAAAAAAUAGCUCUACUACCAGAGAAAUCAAAUUGGAUUAUAUUAAUGGUGUCUUCUGGACAUUUUGCAGGAGCAGUAUUUAAUGGUAAAGAUGUUUUGGAGCAUAAGACCUUUCAUCGCUACACAAUAAGAGCAAAAAGAGGAACUGCCCAAUCCAGUAAAGACAGCCAAGGCAAUGCUCCAAAAAGUGCUGGAGCAUCUUUGAGAAGACAUCAUGAAGCUGCGUUAAUUCAAGAAGUACAAGAGCUUUUAACUAGUUGGUCUGAUCACAUCAAAACUUGUGAUUUGGUGUUUACAAGAGUUCCUGUUGCAAAUAAAAUUAUGCUUUUUGGUGGUAAAAGUCCUGCCUUCAAAAAAGAAGACCCAAGAAUCAGAACUAUUCCUUUAACAACAAGGCGACCCACUUUCAAUGAAAUCAAACGAGUUCACCAAACACUAGCUUCAGUGGAAAAUUAUGGCAAAGAUGCUGAUUUGAAUGAUUUUAUAACAGUCAUGCCUGAAAAAGUUUCUAAACAGAAGAAGAAUUUUGGACAUCCUGGUCGUGUCAAUGAGCUGACUUUAGACAAUCAAAUACCUGAUGGUUUGUAUAAAGACACUCUUGAGAUGUUCAACGGAAGUCAAGUAGAAAACUUAGUAGGUGAAACAGGCCAACUAAAGAAAUCUGAAUCAGUUUCCCGAAAAGUUAAAAAAAAUUUUAAAGCAACAAUAAUUGAUUCGGAAACUGUUUGCGAAGUUAAAGAAGAUGAUGAUAUGAUUCAGUUUAGAAACAAUGUCUACACUGCCUGUAAGUGUGGAGAUGUGUCAUCACUUAAGAAUAACAUUUUAACUUCUAAUAAAUCUGGAUCAGAAAAAAAUUCAACAAAUCAAGAUUUUGUUGUAACCAAAACAGUUUCAGUGACUAAUAGUCUGAUGGAAUCAGGUCAUGCAGAAGAUACUACAGCUAUACCUGAUUUGUCUACUGUUACAAUAAAAGGCUGUAUUGAUUCAGAUAUGAAAAAUGGUAGCUCUUUUGACAUUGAUGUUGCACAGUUCUUAAACACAUCUGUUACAGAUGGUGGAACAACAUUUCUGCAUCUGGCCUCUAAAGAGGGGCAUGAUGAAAUUAUUACAACAUUAUUAGAAUGUGGUGCUGAUCCCGCAUUAAGGGACAAAUCUGGUAAAACACCUUACAGUUUAGGAGACACUAAAGUUAGAAAUGCCUUUAGACGUUUUAUGGCUGAUUUUCCAGAAAAAUAUGAUUAUACCAAAGCACAGAUACCAAGUCCACUUACUGCUGAAAUGGAAAGUGAGAAAAAGUUAAAAGCUGCUGAAAAAAGAAAAGCCAAGAAAAAAGCACAAAAUGAGAAAAACAAGGACAAAAAAGCAGCCGAAGCACAAUUUCAAGCUGAGAAGAGAGAAAAAGAAAGAUUUCUAGCGUUAUCUGAUAGAGAAAAGCGAGCUCUUGCGGCAGAAAAAAGAUUUCUACAGCAAAAUGCUAAUCAAGGAACUAUGAGUCCAGUUCUAAGUAGAUGCUGGCAAUGUGGAACAGACAUUACUGGGAAGGUGCCAUUUGAAUAUGCUGACUACAAAUUUUGCACUACUAAAUGUUUAAGAGAACAUAGAUCCAAGCCUCUUUAACAUUUGUAUUAAACAUAUCAUUAUUGUUUCAACUGA